GAGGUUGGACAGCCUGUGAUACAAUAGCAAUCACAUCAGCUGCUCCCUAAAGAUCUCUCUGUCUCUUUCUCUUUAACAAUAUUUCUCAUUUCAACUAUUUUGUUUUGCAGGUUAAAUUAAUUUUUUUGGCGUGAAAAAGACGGAACCGGGGAACAUUUUUGUUUUAUACCUGCGAUCCAAACCAGAAUCCUUCUUUUCAUUCAUAACAAAUAAAUCUCCAUAGCCCCCUUGGCUUUCUGUUUGAGAAGGGAGGGGGGUCAGACAAUAUUCCUCCCCCUUCGUGGUGAUGAGACUUUUUUCCCCCUUUAACUGUUAGAGGAUCCGGUUGCCCUGAGGAAUGAGCCUGCUCCAGAGAAACAAGAAUAAACCCUGAGAUUGGACAGAUAAUCGGGGAUAUAUUGGCACUGAGAGAUUGCUGGCUAUUUAAUCCAUACAGGACAUGGACAACCAAGCAGUGGGGAUCCAUAAAGAGGAACAGGAGCAGAAAAUACCAGAUCCCUUAUUAAAUGGCGAUGCAGAAGAUGUACCUCAGCAUUUUUCAGAGACCCCAACGUGUAACACAGAAUCUCGGCUUCAAGCUGAUCAACAGAGAAUAAAGACAGAGACAAUUACCCCAACACCAGUGGCAUACAGUCACAGCUCCCCACCACAGACUGAUGGACCCAGUUCUGCUAUGACAGAUAACGGUGCUACCUUUACUUUACAUGCUACUGUUCCAGCAGAGCAAAAACCGGUUUCCCCAUCUCAAACUAAAGCUCCCUGCUUUACAAGUGUAGAAGGACCUCGGUUAUCCCCUGAAGGUCAAAGUUCUUCUCCACAGACUGAAGGUCAGAGUAUAACACCUUUUUCUGAUGGACAUAGCUCCCCAAAACUAGAUCAAAAUGUAAAAUAUGAUGGAUCAUCUCCACCUGUUGUACCUUCUCCCAGCUCUGCAGUUAGCCCUCGACAAAAGCCAGAUACACAGAAAGCAGAGCAACGGCAGAAGCAAGCCAAGGAAAGGAGAGAAGAGAGAGCCAAGUAUUUGGCUGCUAAGAAAAGUGUGUGGCUGGAGAAAGAGGAAAAGGCUAAGCAGCUUCGGGAGAAGCAGUUGCAGGAUCGAAGGAAAAAGUUGGAGGAGCAAAGGCUAAAAGCCGAGAAAAAAAGGGUGGUGCUGGAGGAACGUCAGCGGAUAAAAUUUGAAAAGAACAAGGAACGCUAUGAAUCUGCAGUAACCCGGAAUACUAAGAAGACGUGGGCUGAAAUACGCCAGCAGCGUUGGUCAUGGGCCGGAGCACUCAAUCGAAACUCUCCUGGACAUAAAGGGGGUGCAAACAGAUGUUCAGUGUCUGCCGUGAACCUUCCCAGACAUGUUGAUUCUAUAAUCAAUAAACGUUUGUCUAAGUCAUCUGCAACCCUCUGGAACUCCCCAAGUAGAAAUCGAAGCCUACAGCUCAGCCCUUGGGAGAGCAGUAUUGUGGACAGACUGAUGACUCCAACACUCUCCUUCCUAGCACGGAGCCGCAGUGCAGCCAUACUCCCUGGAAAUAGCAGAGAUACAAAUUCUCAUGUCUGUCCCCGUUCUGCCUCUGCAAGUCCCUUAACCCCAUGCAAUGCUCACAAACACCGGUGUCCAGAACGCAGAAGGACUAUAGGCAGUAGCCUGGAUGUGACACCUAAAAAAAGGAGUGAUUCAUCCCCAAAAAAGAAAGAAAAGAAGGAAAAAGAUCGAGAAAACGAGCGUGAGAAAAAUGCAUUGAGCAGAGAGCGUGUCCUGAAAAAGCGUCAGACCUUGCCCAGUUCCAAAGCUCAUUUGUCAGCCACUCCAUCUGAAAUAAAGAGCUUGAAAUCCAAAAACCGACCUUCCUCCCCAUCAAUGCCUAAACGACGCCCAGCCUCCCCCAGCCCAGCCACUUCGUUGCCUUUAACACCAAAACUGACCUCACCUAAAAGUGCACAGGGGGCAACCAAGGUCAGACCUAAGACAGAGAAGUCAAAGGAAGAGAAGACACCAAUCAAAAUUAAAGAGAAGAAAGAGGAACGAAAGGCAGAGAAGGAGCAGCAAUCAACUCCUGUCCCCAAAUUAGAGGAGCCUAUUGAGCAAAAAGUUGCUGAAUGUACAGAAAAAAGUACAGAUGUUGAUGAAACCUCUAUAGCUCCUCCUGCAACCAGUGCAACAUCAGCACUACCACCUGUCCCUGUAGUAUUGGUCACUCCUUCCUCUGAACCCGUAUCCAGCAAACCAAUGGCAGCUGCACCUGCUGCUGUUAUUGCCCCAUCAACAACUCCAUCUUUUAGUAAGCCUGUUGUAUCUACACCUGCUGCAACUGCUUCUUCACCAGCACCAUCUCCAAGCAAGCCCAUAGCACCAACCCCUGUUGCAGUGAUUUCCCUGUCCCCAGCUCCCUCUCCUGGCAAGACUAUGGCAGGCACUACAGACAAAGAGGAGGCUGCCCGUUUGCUGUCAGAGAAGAGACGACAGGCCCGAGAGCAGAGAGAGCGAGAAGAGCAGGAGAGGAGGGAACGGGAAGAACAGAAGAGGCGGGAGAGGGAGGAAAAGGCUCGCGAGGAAGCUGAGGAGAGGCUGCAGCGAGAAGAAGAAGCUCGCCGGCUGGACGAACAGCAAAAGGCUGAAGAACUGGAGAGGCGCCAGUGCGAGGAAGAAGAGCAAAGAAAAGAAGUGGAAAGAAAAGCCAAAGUAGAACAAGAAGAGAUGGAGCGUCUUCAGAAACAGAGAGAAGAAGCUGAAGCCAAAGCCAGGGAAGAAGCUGAAAAGCAGAGGCUGGAGAGGGAACAGCAUUUCCAGAAGGAGGAACGGGAACGAUUAGAGCGUAAAAAGCGCCUGGAAGAGAUUAUGAAAAGAACUAGGAAAUCUGAUGCUACUGACAAGAAGAAAGAAGAUAAACAAGCAUUAAAUGGAAAGGAGACCAAGCUAGAAUCAAUUCCUAGCAAAGAUGAAGCCAAGUCCUCUGAAGAUAUUAUAAAGAUUGAGCAUCCAGAAAAGAAGUCCGUGUGGUUACAGGACAGAAUGGGCACAUCGGAUCCCUCUCAGGGGGUCACCGGAGCUAUAUUAAAUGGUGUGCAGCCUCCAAAACAGGAAAAUGGCUUUUCUUCUAAGGAUUCCUCAUCUGUCUUUGAGGAGGUGAUAACACUGGCUGAAAGAAGUGGCUCUAAUGGAGAGAAGGGAAUACCACCUGCAGACCCCAUUAUUGCAUUCAGCAGCAAAGACUCUUUCAUUAAGAAGGCCACUGUGCAACCCCCUCAAGUUACAGAAGUUCUGUAGUUGUUACAGUGAAUCUCUACUGCUGCUGACUGCAAGACGUUUUGGAAGCCACAGAAGGCGAGCAAGGGAACAGAAUCCUUUUGGGGCUUGUCCCUGUUCCUGUUUUCGGUCACUGCCGAUUUGAGCUGGAAAUGGCAUCAGUUAUCCGAAUAAAUUUGGCAUUGAAGUGCUUAAGAAAGAGACUUCCAAGAUCCACUUUACAGUGCCACAGUGUAUUCACCACAGAUGAAUAAUGGACACUUCUUAGUGUUAAUAUAAUUUACAAUUUUUUGUGUUUUUCUUUUUAACAUGCACCUUAUAUUAAAGAAAAAAACUGACAUGGUUUAAUUCGCCACUGAGAGAUGGUGGAAAUAAUAUUAAAAAAAAAACUAAAGAAUGGGAAGAAGAAGACGAUUGAGUAUCUCAGACAUGACUGAAAAUUGUUUGAAAGAGCUUUUUUGGUGUUCCUAAUUAUGUAGCUAUUUAACUACCAGAGACUGCUGGGUACAUUGCUGUAUGUGAAUUCUGUAAAUAAAACCUCACAGUGUUACAUCAA